UCAUAUAAAUAGCGACUGUGUUUCCACCCAGCCGAACCAAAUUGGGCGGCAUUUUUUGCAGAGUCGAAAGUGAAAGUAGACAGACCUCAUUCUGGGCGUCCAUUUUACAUCUUCGACGUAUUUCGGCCACUAAAGACUGUGAAGACGGAUUUCAGGCCAGACUGACCUCCUCGACUUGAAUCACGCCCAAAACCAGCCUCGUCAGAAAGAAUCCACCGCCGCUUUUGUGUGUGUGGUUAUUACGUCACCUUGGAUUCACUAAAAAGACACAAUGGAUAAUCGGAUGAUUCACUUUUAUUUUCUGGCGCUUCUUUCCUCGCCUUGCUGUCUUGCUCCCGUUUCAGAGACUUUCACAGUUUCAGUAAAGUCUCCUGUCUCAGUCCAGCGAGGCCAGACAGCCACCUUACCCUGCUGGCUCAACCCCUCUCAGAGUGCAGAAGAUAUGGAGGUACGCUGGUAUCAAGGGAGUGAUGAGUAUGACACUCCUGUCCUGCUUUAUAAGGGAAAGGCUUUCGACAGUUCAUCCCAGAAAGCUUCGUACGUUGGCCGAGUCUCAUUCGGCUUAAAGGAAGAAACAUCAGGUGGAUUAAAGGCAGGUGAUGUCAGCCUGAAGCUGGAAAACGUCACAAUUGAAGAUGUAGGAAAAUAUUUAUGCUAUGUCAGCAGCUCUGAAGAUUAUGACAGUGCAUCUAUUAGUCUGAGUGUGACAGAAACUGGACGCUCCCCUCUCCUGUCCGCAGUGAUGAAAGACGAUAACAAAGUUAAUAUGAGCUGCCAAUCUGACGGCUGGCAUCCAAAGCCUGAGCUGAGCUGGUCAGACAGCAAAAAAGCUCUCAUACCUGCUAAUGUGUCGUUUAGCAAAAACUCUGCUGGUUUUUAUUCAGUCCAUAGUUGGGUUCUGGUCUCCAGUUCUUCUGAGGUCUCCUGCUCUGUUGGACUCUUCAAUGAAGCACCAAAAGAGGCCAGAAUGCGCCAGGAAAAUUCUCCACCAUUACAAGAAGAGUCAGGAUCCUCAGCUGGAUGGGUGGCCUUUGGGUUACUUCUGGUAGCUGUUUUAGCUGCACUCGGAGCCUUGUACUUUAUGUACUUCAGGAAGAAAGCCAACAAAUCAAAAUCAGGAAAUGAUGCAACUGAUGGGGCCAAAAUCACAAGCAAUCCUGAAGAGAAUGAACCACUUCUAUCAAAAACAACAUGGCAGCCAGCAGUUCUAUUGGAAGCAUCCAACUAUCAUGAGAAUGUUCAACUGGUGGACACAGGCAAUCUGCUAAUAAAAAUGAAGGAUUCUACACUGAGAGAUAAUAUUGAUGCAAAGUUUCCUGAUGGAGACAGAGUCACCUGUUUCACUGCAGUCAGAGGAUCACCUGGCUUCUCUUCUGGACGACACUACUGGGAGGUUUCCUUACAAAAUGCAAAUAUAGACCUCAAGACGUCUUGGUGGAUCGGAGUUACAGAUAAACAUGAAAUCCCUCAUGAUGAAAGUUUCCCUCCAACCACAAAAAAUGGUUUCUGGUUCUUGUCUUCUUGCCCCAAACACGGGAAAACUCUUCAGUUUAGCACUGAACCAGAGACAUUCAUUCAUGUCCAGUCAAAACCAAAAACAGUCGGUGUGUAUUUGGACUUUGACAACAGAGAUCUCUCCUUCUAUAAUGUGGAAGAAAAAUGUCUGAUUGGAUCUCUGGCAGCAAAAUUCACAGGUGAAGUGUUCCCACUUUUUAACCCUGGAAAAGGUGAUCAAGGAACUAUGAAGAUAUUACCUAGACCUGCGCAGGAUCAGUCAAAUAACACUGAACCUGUGGCGAAAUUACAAAAGGCAGAGAAGGACCAAUCAGAUAUGACUGAGAAUCCAAAGGCAGAAAGUUAAACGUGGCACAAAGUGUAAUGUUGUCCUGCAUGCAGCAAAGUCCAAAGUAAAAGUUAAUAAUCAGGAAAAAAGAUAUUUAGAUUAAAAUGUACUUGUUGCACUCAAAGUUUAAGAAAGUACAAAAAAGUAUUAUAAGCUGAACACUUAGAUUUUCUGAAAUUUAAGAUCAACAUCAAUGUUAACAGUUUCUCUUGAGAAACAUUAAAUGUCUUCACAAAAUGCAAGUUGUGUUUAUGUCUGAACUCACUGAUGCUGGAGUUUUCAUCAGUGAGUGAUUCACACAACGAGAAAAUGUUUAAUUAAAUAUCUUCCAUCAUUUCACAUACAGUUUCUGUUGCGUCUGCAGUUAAAGGCAACUCUGAUAAACCCAAAAUAGAAAAUAAAACGUCUAGCUCCAAAGAAAGUUUUAUUAUUUCCUUGAUGUUUUUACAAAUAUAAGUCAUGAAUUCUCAAUUAGCACCAACUGUCUAACCCUAAAUUUGCAUUUCUUUAAAUCCUGGUUUCAUGACUGAGACAGUCAAUCAGUGAACUAAUCACUAGUCACAUGUUGCUUUCUCUGAAUAUUAACUCUACUGGAUCAGUAAAUUAAAUGUACAUUUAUGUGUUGUUCUUGGUACAUGUGUAGAUUCAGAAUUAAUUUUUAAAUGUGUGUUACCUCUCAGUGAAUAUUUACCCAUUGUUAACCUGGUCCUCUAAUGUGUUACAAGUCAUUUUUCUAAAUUCAUAUGAACUGACUUUGAUACCUAUUGUAAACCUGACUAUUGUAAAAUGUUCCUUUUGUCAACAUUUACUAAUUCAACCUUUUAUAUGGGUUGUUAUAAAUAUUUUUGUUAUGUUAUUAUAUUUUGAGGCUGUACAAAGCUGCCUAUUCUCACAUUUUACCUUCUAUAAAAUGAAUGUUCUUUGGAAUAGCUGUCAAAGUGAUGUUUUGGAAGCUAAUUUUAACUUGAACUAAUUUGUUUUUUAGAUCAGUAUAUGAUGUUUAAUGGAUACAUAUUUCAGGGGCGACUCAGAAGCCUGUCUAGUAGAUCUGAUCACUGCUUUAGAGCCUGUUGGGCCCUCAAAGCAUUGGGAGAACAUGUAUACACUUUAAUACCUGAAACAUUUUAGCCACAAGAAUGGGAAAGCAUGAAUUAUUUAUUUUAUGGCAGCUCAGUAUCAUGAAAAGCUCCUUCGAGUCUCAACUUUAACUAUUUACAGGCCAUGAUACAUCACAAAAUGUAAAAAAAAAAAAUUACAGCUUGUUGAAAAAUUUACUUUUUAUAGUCAAUAAAACUUGCAUGAAAUGUUUGAAAACUGUUAAUUAGCAUAAAAUACAUUUAAAAAUAUACUGUGGUGGAAUAUUGUGCAAGCUUUUUGUGUCAGUCUGUACUCAGAUUGUGCUGAUUUUUAAUUUUAGAUAAUAAAUAGAUUCAAAUUUGAAGGAACAAUAGAAGAUAAAUAUGUGUGCACUCAAUGUCGCUUCACUUUUUUACCACUUCUUGUUAGGGUUAGGGUUAGGGUUGUGUUUCUAACUGAAGAUUUCAGAACAUUGUAUGAGACAUAUUCACCAGGUUUAAUUUUUUUAAAAUAAAGAAAAAUAUAAUACCGUAA